AUGGCUGCACUCUCUCAGCACUUGAGGAUCCUGCUGUGGAAGAACUGGCUGAGUGUCAAGAGGCAGCCGGUAUGGUCGUUCAUUUUAAUUUCCUGGCCUGUGGUUGUUUUCAUAAUCUUGGCCAUUAUCCGUCUCAAAUUCCCUCCAGAACCGCAGCCAAACUGUUAUCUCGCACCCCGAAACCUUCCUAGUGCGGGCUUCUUCCCAUUCCUGCAAACCGUGCUGUGUGAUUCAGAUGCCAGAUGUAAAGGCACACCGUACACACCAGAAGAUCUGCUGCCAAGACUUACUAACAUCUCAUCUCUUAGACUGAAGCGGAGGAGCUCAUCCAGGGUGGCCAAGGACAACCAUUCAUCACCAUGGAGUGCAGAGGUCCCUAAAAGCAGGAACGCUUCACUGGCAUUUGGGGAUUUGGUAUCUCAUGGAGAGAAAACCCUUUGGAAUAUUUCAUCACCAUCCAACUUGACUUCCAGCAUCAACAGGUUCAACAAAAUCCUCAAUUUUGGGAAGAGCCAGGCCCAAUAUUCAACUGCAGCAAAUCUCAAAGUCAUUCUGUGUGAGGUCUUGUUGCGAUACAUAGCGCGUCCCGGUCUCACUGAAGAGAAGAUGGCAGCCAAUAUCCACCGGACAUUCUGCUUUACCAACUCAUCGCUUUUAGAGUCGUUUACCCGAGAGUUCAGAAGUCAGAUCUCUCAGGUGCAACACAACCCACAGUACCAGGCAGCAUUCGUCAGUGAAAUGGUCUCAUUUCUGAUGCUCAUCUCCCAAGUGCAGAAUGACACCUCCCUGUGGCACCUCCUUUUGCUUGCUCCAGAUGUGUUUCAGGGCAGCAUGCAACUGCAAGACAUAAUUGAUUUCCUUCAGAAUCCAAGCAGUGUUGUGCUGGCAGCUCAGAAUGUCUCUGCAUCGCUUGUGACUGAUGAUAGAUUCAAAACUGUUCAGAAUGGGGUUACAGAUCCUCCAUAUUCCCUGAACUGCUUGGAGCAAGAUAAAGAAAAAAGUUUGGUGACCAGAUACGUUUGUAAUCACUUUGUUAACUGGAAAGACAAUCUGAGUUUAGUAUCUGAAUUGGAAGAAGUUCUGAGAAAAAUAAAGUCACCAGAGAUUGGUGGAAAAGACUCCAAGAGGUCCAUUAAUUCAGAUGAUUUAGAAGCCAUACAAAAGUCUCUACAUCGUUUAAAAGGCUUUGAGAAAAAAAUGAAUAGAAGUGAAUUAAAAAGCUUAAAUCUAUUCAGAAAUUUGAAGAAUGAAACAUUACAGAAAUUGUAUGCAAUUCUUGAGCUGGGAAUGAAUCCACAUCAUGAUUAUAAAUUAAAGGAACCAUAUAAUAAGGAAAUAAUUGAUGAAAUCUAUAACUUCACAUCACUGCAAUUACAGAGUCACUUUAAUAGGACUUCCAUUUUCAAUAUAAUGACCCAGUGGAAAGAAAUUGAGAGUGCUUUAAAAUUAGCCGCAAUGAUUAGGAAUCCAGUUCUGUUAAAUAAUUCUAAUUUUAGUGUGGUGCAAACUAAGGAUGCUCUCAAAACGUUGCUCUCCACUAACAUGCCAUCAUUUCUGGAAGACUUAAGAGACCGUUUAAGUGGAAUGCAAGAAAUACCAUCUUUGUUUUCUGAUUAUCUGCUUAAGCCUGUGUCCUACAGAAACUUUCCAGACCAGCUCUUAGCUCUCCAGAAGAUGUUUUUUAUAAUGACAAACACCAGCAUAGGUUAUCAGUACCUAUUGAUGCCGGUGUUUGAACUGAUGCGGAAAGUAGAAAGCUCCAUGGGUGAAACCUGGUGGGAUGAGUUGAAUAUCUACUGGCGCAUUGGGGAAAAACUGCGAUCGAUGAAGUGGAAUAACACAGGCAUCAUAGCCUAUGGGCAGUUUUUAGAGGUAUUAAACAGCCAUUUGCAAAAGCUGAAUAAUAAUUCAAAUAGCAUCUUCAGUGAGCAAUUGGAUCAGCUGUCAGAAUUUAUAACGGCCGUGUUUAAAGAGUUUGGGGAAAACUCUGAAGUAGCCAAUAUCUCACUAGUCACUCAAGCCAUACAAAAGACCUUGCAUGUAUUAAAAGGUUUACAGCUGAAUUAUAAUGUCAGUGAAUUAAAAUCUAUAGAUCUUUUGUUUAAUUUUUACAAUAAAACCUUUGAGAGCUUGUCUGAACUUCUGAGGACAGGAAUGAAAAUACUUCAUUAUACAAGUGCCAGUGAAGAAAUAAUGAACCCUGUCUAUAACUUAACACAUCUUCUACUGCAGGAGUUCAGCCAGUCUUCCUUACGGCGCAAUACUUCACUAGAGGCAAAAAUUUGGGAGUUUUUGCAUGUAGCCUUGAGUCCUUUCCUUGAGAACAGCAACAAUGGUUAUGGGACACCCCAGAACUGCUCCGCUCAGGCCGUGCUCCACAUAACAUUCAAGAUGCUGUUUGAAAAUAUCACUCUGAGCGAGUCCUUAGAGGGGAGCCCCUGUAAACCCCUCUUUGAUUCCAUGGGUGCAGAGAGUGGAACGCUGUACAACAACACCUUUACAACAACGUUCCAGCUUGCCAUCAGAAACCUGAAACUGUCUCCAGAGUUUGCUGCUGUCUACAAGAACAGCAGUGAUCGCUUUUCCAAGGAGCUGUCAUGCAUCGUCCAGUCUCUGCAGCUUUCUCUGAGUUUCCUUUCCAAAUUAAACCUUGUCUCUGAGCUGGAAAACUCUUGGGUGCAGGAGAAGGCGAGUGCUGUGACUGCUGUCAUGGAGGGGCUGCUGCAGAGUAAUGCCUCCUGCCCCAUCCCAGUCCAAGAUAUGGGUGAUGUGCUCCCGUCUCAGCUUUUGAACGUGCUCAUUCCUUUCAUGCUGAAUGGAACAGUGCUGAACUCCCUAAAUUUCUCCGACAGCUCAGCAGACUGGCAUAGGCUGCCUGUGGUUUCCUGUCUGUUACCGACUGUUUCCAUGAGGAACAGCAGUAUAUGUGAACUGCUACAGGUGGGCAGGAAUCCUUCCAACCAGUCUGAGUGGGGGCAUUUCUUGCGGCUGUGGCACGCCACUGGCAACGUGUUGACCGCCAAAUGGAACCUAACGGAAGUGGGCGAAUAUGUGAAACUCCUGGAAAUUAUGAAGAAAGCUCUAAUUCUGGUGGACUUUGGGGUAGCUCCUGGAAAAACAUUAGUACAUCAGAUCUUUCAUAAUUCUAGUGGAGGAAUUAAAUCCUCAGAUCUGAACAAUUUGUAUAAUUCAUUAAAACUCUUUUUCAAUUCAACUUCUGCCACAAACAGCACGCUGGACUUGGAAAGAAUAUUUCAAGAAAUACUCCCAUUGUAUGAGGUUGGUGAUGAAGGAUUGUUCUACUCUAAUCCCUAUGGAACAGAAAAUCAAGAUGUUCUAACUAUGGCUGCAGUGAUUUGGAAUCACAUAAUUUUAAACAGGACUCAUUUCAAUACAGAGAAAGCAUGGGAGGUUAUCAAAAUCAUUGCACUUCACGCAGUCUCGCUUGAAGACAUUGAAAAUUAUCUCAGCACAAAUGAAAAAGUGUCAUCAUUAUUUUCUGACUUUUUGUUGACCCGUGUAACUUCUGAAAAUUUUGCAGAACAGCUCUUGUCCCUUGAACAGCUUCUUGCUGCCCUGGCAAAGGUGAAUACCAGUGAUCAUUAUCUGCUGAUCUCUUCUUUGUCUAAGCUAGUGCAGAAACUCCAGAAUUAUUCUCAUGGAAGGCAAGGAAAUGAACUUCGUGCUUUCUGGCAGAUUGCUGAAGUGCUCCAGUCCAUGCACUGGAAUAGUACAGACAGUGUCUCUUACCACUUACUUCUAGACAUGCUGCAAAAUCAGUUCAGUACCAUGAAAAAUGACUCCAGCCUUCCUUUCAGUAAGGAACUGAAGCAGCUGAUAAACUUUGCAUCCUCCAUAUUUGAGCUGUAUAGUGGAGAAGACUCCAGAGAAACAAACAUCUCCAUAUACUCACGAGUCAUGCAAAAGAGUAUUUUAAUUUUAAAAAGUUUGCAGAAAAGUUAUAAUAUCAGUGAGCUUGAAACUGUCAACCUAUUACUUCAUUCUUACAGUAACUAUACCCAGAGACUGAUUGAAAUAUGGACAACAGGAAUGAAAGUCCUUCAUGACACCAACUUAAACAAAACAUUUGCAGAAAAAAUGGACAUUGUCUAUAAUUUCUCACAUUUGCUGCUGCAGAAGGAGUUCAGCCAGUCUUCCUUACGGCGCAAUACUUCACUAGAGGCAAAAAUUUGGGAGUUUUUGCAUGUAGCCUUGAGUCCUUUCCUUGAGAACAGCAACGAUGGUUAUGGGACACCCCAGAACUGCUCCGCUCAGGCCGUGCUCCACAUAACAUUCAAGAUGCUGUUUGAAAAUAUCACUCUGAGCGAGUCCUUAGAGGGGAGCCCCUGUAAACCCCUCUUUGAUUCCAUGGGUGCAGAGAGUGGAACGCUGUACAACAACACCUUUACAACAACGUUCCAGCUUGCCAUCAGAAACCUGAAACUGUCUCCAGAGUUUGCUGCUGUCUACAAGAACAGCAGUGAUCGCUUUUCCAAGGAGCUGUCAUGCAUCGUCCAGUCUCUGCAGCUUUCUCUGAGUUUCCUUUCCAAAUUAAACCUUGUCUCUGAGCUGGAAAACUCUUGGGUGCAGGAGAAGGCGAGUGCUGUGACUGCUGUCAUGGAGGGGCUGCUGCAGAGUAAUGCCUCCUGCCCCAUCCCAGUCCAAGAUAUGGGUGAUGUGCUCCCGUCUCAGCUUUUGAACGUGCUCAUUCCUUUCAUGCUGAAUGGAACAGUGCUGAACUCCCUAAAUUUCUCCGACAGCUCAGCAGACUGGAAUAACCUGUCCAUGCUCUUCAGUGUGGCACAGGAUGAACUCCACUUGAACGACCUGCUGCAGAGACUCCAAGGCGCCUUCAGCCUCACCAAAUGGAGUUAUUACUUGAGCGUCUGGGAUGUGGUUGACAGUUUCCUAAACUCCAGAAGAAAUCUAACUGAAGCAGCUGCCUUUGCAAAGUUGUUGGAAGCAGUGGCAAACAACUCUGCUAACGAUGUGUCAGUUCUAGAAAUCAUAGAAGCCAGUCACUACAUUCUCAAGAGGCUGAACUCUGAGCUGCUAAAUGAAUUCAGUAUAAGUUCUAGUUCAGCUUUUCUCUCCAACAAAACUAGUUUUGCCAGUGUGAUUGAUAUUGUUGCUCAUCACUUCAUUGUCACAGCAGAAACUCUGUACAAUAAGACUCUACCUUGGACUCAGAGUGACCAAACUCUGUCACCGACCAGUUUGAUCACACGAUUUCUGUUUUUAGAAUUUGAAAACACCAUCUUACAGGUGACAGUGAAUAACAGCUAUAACCCUUACCUGAUGUGUUUAAUAACUGCCACUGAAGUUGAAGACAGCAAAUUGACAGAAAACAUCACACUGCUUUUGAAGCAAACUCAUCUGAAAAAGAACUCUUUUAUGCAAAAUAAUACCUCUGGGAAACAUUCAUCCAUACCAGAGCUCCUGAAGCUAAAAAUAUCUCGCCUCCGGGAUCUGACAGCACUUCUUUGUGACUACGAGAGCUUUAAGUCAAUACAGCAUAUUUGCGAUCUCCCUAAUGUUAGCUUUGGAGAAGUGUGUGAACAAAGUCAAUCUCAGGAGCAGCUCCUCCGCACUAUUGAACUGAGCAGUCAAGUUGUGACCAAUAUACUGAAUCACAGAAGAAUCUCCCAAGAGCUUCAAAAUAUACUGAUUGGGGAUGCCACAAACAUCCAGACACAAAUGAAGUGGUUUCAAGAAAACAUACCAGAAAUAGCUUUCUUCCAAGAGAUUCCUCGGUAUAUGACUACUUUGAAUUCCAUAUUGAACAUCACUGAGAAUUUAACAGAUUCUAGCAAGCAAGAAAAGUUGAGAGACAUGUUUAAAAACGUGGACCAGCUCAAAGAGGAUCUCAAAACCACAACAGGAAUGUCCGCAGCUAGUAUUGAUGCCCUUCUGGAAUCAUCUCUCCCAGAAAACAGCAGUCAGCUCAUUUCUCAGAUCCUCCAGCUGGAGUCUUGUAGCAUCCAUCCUGCUGACCCGCAGCUGCAAACAGUAGCGGAGGAGUUCUGCAAUCUCUCUCUUUCAGAGAGGACUCGUGAGACGUACAUCCUGGGGGUCACUCUGUUACAACACUUAGACAUUUACAAUUUCUUAUACAAGAUGUUUUUCCCUAAGGAACUUCAGAAACCCGUGGACAAGAUGUUAGGUCUUCUGACAAAAAUGAAAUAUUUCAGACACCAGGUCGAAUCUGGCGUUGAUCCAUUGCUACAAGCUAUUCAUUCACUGAAAAAGCUCCGGCAGUCUAGAAAAGUGCCACUGACUAAGGCAUUAUUUAAACCAAACAACUUUAGGAUAACACAUGGCAAAUUUAAGUCCAUGUCAAAAGUUCUCUGCAACCAGGAGAUCACACCUCUGUUUUUUGAGUCCUUGCUUCCAGAUUUUGGAGACCCUGUAAGCAACAGCUCUUCCGUGGAGGAUGUCUAUGUCCAAAAGAUGAUGAGGAAAUAUGGGAUUCCUCAUGACUCCACACCAUUUUGCUUAUCCUUUUACCUGGACCUGGUCAAGACCCCAACUGGAGCUUUAAUUUGGUCUUUUUUAAAACCAAUGGUGCUUGGAAAGAUCCUUUAUACACCAGAUACCAUAGAAACUCGAGCAAUCAUGGAAAAGUCUAAUGCAACCCUGAAGCAGAUGGCUGAUCUAGCCCUGAAGUCCCAGGAGUGGUUGGACAAGUCUCCUGUCAUCAUGAAUUCACUGACUAAGUUAAACCAGACAGUUCCGAUGAUCAAGAACACCCUGCAGAAUCCCUUCGUGCAGGUUUUUAUCAAGCUGAUGGUGGAUUUGGAUGCAGCUGAACUGCUGAGUCAAAUAAACGAACUGGAUGAUAUUCGGCUGGAAUUACAGAACAACGCUGACAUUGUCGAUCAGCUGAAUACAUUAGCUACCCUUGCUGUAAAUGUGUCCUCCUGUGUCUCAUUUAAUCGCAUUCAGGCAGUCAGAAACUUAGAGGAGAUGGAAAUGGUGGCUAAAGACCUCUUUCUGAAGAAUGAGCUUUUUGCAAGUAUCAUUUUCAAGCUGCCUUCAAGCCAUAGCAGCCCUGGACGCUCAGUUCACGGGGACUUGGCCCUCCCUCCUGUCCUCAAUUACACCAUCCGCAUGAGCAGCAGGAUCACACAAACCACCAACAGAAUAAGGGAGCGCAUCUGGACGGUGGGCCCGCACAAUUCCACCUCGCAGAGCCAGAUUUACAGCCGGGCGUUUAUUUAUAUCCAGGACAGCAUUGAGCGAGCCAUCAUUGAGCUACAGACUGGCAAGAAUCCAAAGGAAAUAGCUGUUCAAGUCCAGGCCAUGCCUUACCCCUGCUACAAUAAGGAUAUGUUCUUAACCAGUGUGACCUACUCUCUUCCAUUUGCUCUGAUGGCUGCCUGGGUGCUGUUUAUAGCUGAUUUUGUUAAAACACUUGUUCAAGAGAAAGAUCUGAGGCUUUAUGAGUACAUGAAAAUGAUGGGUGUCAACGCCAGCAGCCAUUUCAUUGCCUGGUUCAUAGAGUGCGCCAUCUUCCUUCUAAUUACUGUCACCUUCCUCAUUAUUGUUCUAAAAGUGGGUGACAUCCUUCCCAAAACAAACACAGCGCUCCUAUUCCUGUACCUUAUGGACUACAGCCUGUCCAUCAUCGCCAUGAGCUACUUCAUCAGUGUUUUCUUCAAUAACACCAACAUAGCAGCCUUGGUGGGCAGUCUCGUGUACAUUCUCACCUUCUUCCCCUUCAUCGUGUUGCUCGUCAUUGAGAAUCAUUUGAGCUUCUCUGUGAAAAGCGUGCUGAGUCUAUUGUCUCCAACUGCGUUCAGUUAUGCAAGUCAAUACAUUGCUCGAUACGAGGCGCAGGGCAUAGGUCUGCAGUGGGACAACAUGUAUAAGUCCCCAAUGAUUGGAGACAACACUUCCUUUGGCUGGAUGUGCUGGCUCAUUCUGAUAGACUCUUUCAUUUACUUCAUCUUGGGAUGGUAUAUAAGGAAUGUUUUCCCAGGUAGAUACGGCAUGGCUGCUCCCUGGUAUUUCCCGUUGCUUCCAUCUUACUGGGUUGAAUACAACAGUUACCUCCCCUUCUGGAAUGAGAAACGAAGAGGUCUUCUCUUCACCAAGCUGUUCUUAAAGAAGGAAGCCACCCUCAACAACAAGAUAUGUGCCCCCCCUCCUCACCUGGAACCAGAGCCCACAGACCUCACCUUGGGAGUCUCCCUCCGUGGCAUAACAAAGGUUUAUGGAUCCAAAGCUGCAGUGGACAACCUCAGCCUCAACUUCUACGAAGGGAAUAUCACUUCCCUGCUGGGACACAAUGGAGCCGGGAAAACUACGACCAUAUCUAUUUUGACUGGGUUGUUCCCUACAUCAUCAGGUACUAUCUUUGUGUAUGACAAAGACAUCAGGACUGACCAGGAAGUUAUCAGGAAGAACAUGGGGGUGUGUAUGCAACACAACGUGCUCUUUAACUACCUCACCACAAAGGAACACCUGCUACUCUACGGGUACAUCAAAGUCCCUCACUGGAGUGAACAGGAGCUCUACCAAGAAGUGAAGAGGACUUUGAAGGAGACUGGACUGUACAGCCAUCGUCACAAGCUAGCUGGCUCCCUGUCUGGGGGGAUGAAGAGGAAGUUAUCUAUAGCUAUUGCUCUCCUGGGUGGAUCAAGGGUGGUGAUACUAGAUGAACCAACCACAGGGGUGGAUCCAUGCUCUCGGAGAAGUAUUUGGGAAAUUAUCUCCAAGAAUAAAAAAGGCAGAACCAUCAUUCUCUCAACACAUCACUUGGAUGAAGCAGAAGUUCUGAGUGACCGAAUCGCCUUCCUAGAGCACGGAGGACUCAAAUGUUGUGGUUCACCAUUCUACCUCAAGGAAACGUUUGGCGAUGGAUACCAUCUGACACUCACAAAAAAGAAGAACAUGAUAGAGGAGUGUGACACCACGGCAGUGACCUCCUUGAUCCAGUCCCAUCUCCCAGAGGCUUAUCUCAAGGAGGAUAUCGGUGGAGAGCUGGUGUACGUGCUUCCCCCCUUCAAAUCCACAGUCUCAGGGGCCUACCAGGCACUUCUCAGAGCCCUCGAUACCAGCUUGAGCGAUCUCCACCUUGGCUGCUACGGGAUUUCAAACACAACCGUGGAAGAGGUGUUUCUCAACCUGACGAAAGAGCUAGGGAAGGACCAGCAAGAAGAUGCUGAACUGCCCCAGCAGCUGCCUGGAGCUAGUGGUCAAAUUGGCAGUGAUGAAAUGUCUGUGAGCACGGAUACCUUCACAGAAAGAGAUGAUCAGCUCCUGAUUAGAUCAAAAAGUCUGCAGGGUUUGCCAUUGCUACUUAAGAAGACAUCAGCUUUGUUCAUUAAGAGAUUCCACCAUACCCGGCGGGAUGUCAGAGGCUUCAUUGCUCAGGUCAUCCUCCCAGUCCUCUUUGUGAUGGCUGCAAUGGGUCUUGGGACGCUGAGAACUAAGGAGACGGAAUAUCCCGAACUGAUUCUUUCCCCUUCUCUGUACGGCUCAUCCGACCAGGCAGACUUCUUUGGGAAUUUUAAUGAAACCACAGAUGCUUUAGUCGCUUCGAUGCUUGCUUUCCCUGGAACGGAUAACACAUGCAUGAAUGAAAGCAAUUCGCAGUGUUUAAAGGAGGACAUGCUUGGCCAGUGGAUUAUCAGUGGAAACCAGAGAACUAAGUAUUCUGCCUGCAACUGCACAGAUGGCAUCCAGACGUGUCCGCAGACGAACUACACCCCUCCUCACAGAAGGACCUUCUCUACGCGGACACUUUACAACCUUACAGGGCAUGACGUGGAGACCUACAUUCUGGCAACUACCAAAGACUUCCUGCAAAAACGGUAUGGUGGCUGGAGCUUCGGGCUGCCUUUGACAACAGAUCUCCAGUUCGAUAUCAGGCCAGUGCCCCCCAACAGAACGUUGACUAAGGUGUGGUAUAAUCCCGAAGGUUAUCACAGCCUUCCAGCCUAUCUCAACAGCUUGAACAACUUCAUUCUUCGAGCCAACUUGCCAAAAAAUGACACUUCCAGAUAUGGUAUUUUCUUAUCAGCUCACCCAUAUCCCGGAGGACAGAGUCAAGAACAAGUAAUGCUCAACAGCUUACUUGACAUCAUAGUUUCCAUGUCUGUUUUGGUUGGCUACUCUAUCACAACGGCAAGCUUUGUGCUCUACGUGGUAAAAGAACAUCAAACCAAAGCCAAACAACUGCAGCAUAUUUCAGGCAUGGGGAUGACGAGCUAUUGGGUGACUAACUUCGUUUAUGAUCUGGUACUUUUUAUGGUCCCUAUUGGACUCUCAAUAGGAGUUAUUUCAUCCUUCCAGAUACCAGCUUUCUGCAACAACAAUAACUUACUGGCAGUAUUUCUUCUGCUGCUACUGUUUGGAUAUGCAACGUUUUCAUGGAUGUACCUGCUGGCUGGGUUUUUCAAAGAAACAGGAAUGGCCUUCAUCGUUUAUGUCUGCGUCAACUUGUUUUUCGGCAUCAAUACCAUCAUUACUCACUCGGUUGUAUUUCUGCUCUCCCAGGAGAAGGCCACAGAUCAGGGCUUGCGUGAUCUCGCUGAAAACUUAAGGCAUGCGUUCCUUCUGUUCCCACAAUUUUGCUUUGGCUACGGUUUGAUUGAACUGUCGCAGGAUCAGGCGCUGCUGGGCUUCUUAAAGGCCUAUGGAGUGGACUACCCUGACAAAACCUUUGAGCUGGACAAGACCACAUCCAAGCUCUUUGCCAUGUUUAUCCAGGGCACUGUGUUUUUUGCCAUUCGUCUUACAGUUCACGACAGGAUGAUUCAGAGAGUCUGGAACAACAUACUAGAGUUCCUGUUUGACAGAGUGCACGGCAAAACAUCACUUCUGCCACCUGCGGCUGAAGAGGACGGGGAUGUCCAGGCAGAGAGGAACCGGGUGGAGUCUGGCAAAGCUGACUUCGACGUGGUGCAGCUCCAGAAUCUCACGAAGAUCUACCACCUUCCUCACAAACGCAUCGUGGCUGUGAAAAACAUCAGCCUGGGGAUUCCUGCUGGAGAGUGCUUUGGCUUGCUUGGUGUGAACGGAGCUGGAAAGACGACCAUCUUUAAGAUGCUGACAGGUGAUAUCGGAGCAUCCAGCGGAAGGUUGCGGAUCCAGGAUCGUUCUGGGUCCUUGAAUGACAUCAGCGAGGCACACUGGUCACUCUUUGGCUACUGCCCUCAAGAAGAUGCCUUGGAUGACUUGCUGACGGUGGAAGAGCACAUGUAUUACUAUGCCAGGCUCCAUGGCAUCCCAGAGAGAGAGAUCAAAGGAGUUGUACUCCAGCUUCUCCACAGGCUGAAUCUGAUGGCCUACAAAGACAGAGUCACCUCUAUGUGCAGUUACGGCACCAACAGAAAAUUGUCGACUGCUCUGGCUCUCAUUGGGAAUCCGUCGAUUCUGCUGCUGGAUGAACCGAGCUCUGGAAUGGAUCCAAAUGCUAAACGCCACCUUUGGAAAAUCAUCAGUGAGGAAGUGCAGAACAAGUGCUCGGUGAUACUCACAUCCCACAGCAUGGAAGAAUGUGAAGCCCUUUGUACCAGGCUGGCUAUUAUGGUGAACGGGAGUUUUCAGUGCAUUGGCUCGCUGCAGCAUAUCAAGAGCAGGUUUGGAAGAGGAUUCACUGUGAAGAUGCACUUAAAUAGCAACACAGUUAGCACUGAGAUGCUGACAGAGUUCAUGAAGUCGCACUUUCCAAAUACAUGCCUGAAGGAUCGGCAUUUCAACAUGGUGGAGUAUCACGUUCCGGUCUCUGCAGGAGGGGUAGCAAACAUAUUUGAUCUCCUGGAAGCCAGCAAAGCUGCCUUCAAUAUCAGACACUUCUCAGUGAGUCAAACAACGUUAGAGGAGGUUUUCAUCAACUUUGCUAAAGAUCAAGCAGAUCCUGAUGGCGUGGAUGCAGGUCCUGAUGUGACACUGGACAGCUCUGACACAAGCAGCCAAGACAGCACCAUCAGCUCCAUCUAUUGAAGGGACCCAACCACAGGGGAUCAUAGAACCUGGGGAAAAGACCUGAUGACCCCUCGGGGUUCUUCCAACCCUGUUUUCUAUGAUUGAGAGGUGGUGGGGAUAAAAAGCCCCAUUUUCUUAGAGUACUUUUUUUUUUUUUAUAUGCACUUACUUUGUCACUAGGAAUAUGGUAGGCAUUUAAGACUGGCAUUUGGUUACAAAUCAGAUUGAUCUUUCCACAGGUUCUUUCCCCCCCCCCCCCAGUUCUUGUUUUAUGAUCACUUCAAUGCCUAUGAGGGCUUAGUUGACAUCACAUGCUGCUCAUGGCCGUUUGCUUCCAGCAGAAAGGGCUGCGAUGGAGCAGAGGAGCUAUCAUUGGCAGCGCGGGGUGUUUGACAAAAAAGCCACCUCAUGGCUGCCCUCUCUGAAAGCCCACGCGCCACUCCUUGCUCAGCAACAGACUUUCUGGGUGACCCUGAGAAAGUUGCUGGGUUUUGCCAGGUUCCCCACUGGUGA